AUGGAGCUUGAGUUCAGUAAGUGUACUAAAGAACCAUCAGUCUAUCGAAAGACUAUAAAAGGCGAGCUUCUUGUUGUAGAUGUUUAUGUGGAUGACUUGUUCGUGACUGGAACAAGCAAGAAGCUUAUCAACGAAUUCAAGAAGGGCAUGGCGAGUAAAUUUGACAUGAGUGAUCUUGGGAGAUUAACAUACUAUCUUGGGAUAAAAGUGGUUCAAGAUGAUCGAGGGAUUACACUUAAUCAGAGUCAAUAUGCUAAGAAGAUACUCGAGAAUGCAGGAAUGGCUAAGUGUAACUCAGCUCAAGCACCCAUGGAGCUCGGUCUUAACUUAUCAAAAGCGGAGGAAGAGCAGGAGAUCAAUGCGACAGAUUUCAGAAGGAACAUCGGUUGCUUAAGGUAUUUACUACACACAAGACCUGAUCUAUCUUUCUGUGUUGGAGUGUUAAGUCGCUAUAUGCAUAGCCUGAGAGAAUCACACGGUGUUGCAUUGAAACAAUGCCUACGAUAUCUACAAGGAAGCACAAGUUACGGGUUGUUCUUAGAACGAUCAUUGCAGAAGGUACCAAGGUUGAUUGGUUAUAGUGACAGCAGCUACAAUGUUGAUCCAGACGAUGGGAAAAGCACAACUGGACACAUCUUUUACUUAGGAAAGAGUCCUAUAACGUGGUGCUCGCAGAAGCAAGACACUCUCGCUCUAUCAAGCUGUGAGGCCGAGUUCAUGGCCGGCACAGAGGCUGCGAGACAGGCGAUCUGGCUACGUGAUCUUUUGAGUGAAGUCACUGGUCAAGCUUGA